AAGUGAAAUUUGGAUGAAGUGACCUACCCAAGUGGCCGCCAUGAGCAGAAGCAAGCGUGACAACAACUUCUACAGCGUUGAGAUCGGAGACUCGACUUUCACCGUAUUGAAACGGUAUCAAAACUUAAAGCCCAUAGGAUCAGGAGCACAAGGGAUAGUAUGCGCAGCUUACGAUGCCAUCCUGGAACGAAAUGUUGCAAUCAAGAAGUUGAGCCGACCGUUUCAGAACCAAACCCACGCCAAAAGGGCCUACAGAGAGCUCGUGCUCAUGAAGUGCGUUAACCACAAAAAUAUAAUUGGCCUCCUGAAUGUGUUCACACCACAAAAAUCCCUGGAAGAAUUUCAAGACGUCUACAUAGUGAUGGAGCUCAUGGAUGCAAAUCUCUGCCAAGUGAUUCAGAUGGAGCUAGACCACGAACGAAUGUCCUAUCUUCUUUAUCAAAUGCUGUGUGGUAUCAAACAUCUCCAUUCAGCUGGAAUUAUACACAGGGAUUUAAAGCCCAGUAAUAUAGUAGUAAAGUCAGACUGCACUUUGAAGAUUCUUGACUUUGGACUGGCCAGAACUGCAGGAACUAGUUUUAUGAUGACGCCUUAUGUAGUGACUCGUUACUACAGAGCACCAGAGGUCAUCCUAGGGAUGGGAUACAAAGAAAACGUUGACAUUUGGUCAGUUGGGUGCAUCAUGGGCGAAAUGAUCAAAGGUGGUGUUUUAUUUCCUGGUACAGAUCAUAUUGAUCAAUGGAAUAAAGUCAUAGAGCAGCUAGGAACCCCCUGCCCCGAAUUCAUGAAGAAAUUACAGCCCACGGUCCGGACUUACGUGGAGAACAGACCUAAAUAUGCUGGAUACAGCUUUGAAAAACUCUUCCCAGACGUCCUUUUCCCAGCUGACUCUGAACACAAUAAGCUUAAAGCAAGUCAAGCCAGGGAUUUGUUAUCAAAAAUGCUGGUUAUAGACGCUUCUAAAAGAAUCUCUGUGGAUGAAGCCCUGCAGCACCCGUACAUCAACGUCUGGUAUGACCCAUCAGAAGCAGAAGCUCCUCCACCAAAGAUACCAGAUAAGCAGUUAGAUGAGAGGGAGCACACGAUAGAGGAAUGGAAAGAGUUGAUAUACAAGGAAGUCAUGGACCUGGAGGAGAGAACCAAGAACGGGGUUAUACGUGGCCAGCCAGCCCCUUUAGCACAGGUGCAGCAAUGAUCAAUGGCUCUCAGCACCCAUCCUCAUCCUCAUCCGUCAACGACGUCUCUUCCAUGUCCACGGAUCCAACAUUGGCCUCCGAUACAGACAGCAGCCUGGAGACCUCCGCGGGCCCACUGGGCUGCUGUAGAUGACUACUUGGGCUUUUGGGGGGUGGGAGGGGGGGCCUUUUAGUCAUGAAUAGGGCACCUUUAAAAUUUGGUGGUAUUUUUGAGUGUUUUUUCAAAAAUAAUGGUAGAAUUCAUCAUAAAGUGCUGUAAUUUUAAACUGUAAGUUGUGUUAAAAGCAGCCACUUUUUUUGCUGUAAUUACCUGUAAAAUAUUAAACCUGAUAAUUUUUAUUGUGGUUUUAAAAUCUGCAUAUUUGCUUUACUAUUAUGCUGCUGAUCUUUUUUUACUGAAUUUGUAAGAUUUGUUUUAUCGAAGCACAUAUUAAUGUUGUGGUCAUUACCAUAGAAUGAAUUAUUUAAGAUUUUCUAGGUUUUCAAUUAUUUGUUU